AUGGGUUCUGGAUUCAGUAAAAAAUCAUCGUCUGUUACUGACGAUUUGGAAUCGGGAAUAGACAUGCUUCAGAUUCCAUGGAUCGAAGAUGGUUACCCACCCCCAGUACCACCCAGCACUGCCAGGAAGAAUAUUUUUCUAGCGGAAGAUUUUGCAGAAAUUGACAGAAGAGCACGCAAUACGAAAAUCGACAACACAACGAGAUACGACAUUCUGCUGUACAUGCUUGUGGAGCAUUGUACUAACGACCUUCAAAAAGUACGAGCCAUCUUCACGUGGCUUGGGGCUCAACAAAACCUCAUUCAAAAUGGCAACUUCCGGAAGGUCAAGAAACUGAAUGGACCAAUGGGCUACAUGAAGCUGCUACACGAGAGCAAGGGAACCUACUCUGCAUUCUUCGCCCACCUAUGCAGACAGGCGGGGAUCCCCUGUGUGAUAAUCUUUGGAGUUUCCAAGAGCUUCGACUACAACGUUGGCGAUAUGGACAUACUCCACCUUCGCAACUGCUGGAACGCGGUGUACGUGGAGCGGGGAUGGCGACUCAUCCACCCACUGUGGUCUUGCCGCAAGGUCAAGGACUACAAGCAGAGUCACUGGAAGGUACACGGCUCAGCGAGUCAACCGGACGACGGCAGCGAGGGACGAACUCUCAACAUCGGCGAUGAUUUCUUCUUUCUCGUCGAUCCUAAGAUCUUCAUCUACAUGUGUCGACCGGUCGUCGACAUGACUGCGUGGCAGUUGUUACCGGAUACGUGGUCGCUGGAGAAAUUCAUCCACGCGCCUGUGUACCGGAAGUCCUACUUCUUGUUCGACCUCACUCUGGAAUCAACGGACAGUUGUAUUUUAGUCGCAGAGCGUGGCGAUGUGGAGGUGGUGUUUGCUGUCAAUGAAAAUCACGAUUUCGUUUUUACUCAAGAAUUGUUUUUCGACAACAGAACUUCCUUCGCCGACAUUCCCAAAGGCACUGCUUUGGAAAAAUACUGCUUCAUCAGCAAGAAAAACAACAAAGUCUCGUUCCACGUGAGAUGUCCUGUUUCUGGGAUAUACAAACUUCACAUUUACGGUGGUGUGUCACGUCUGUACAAUCUGUGCGAUUUCCGCAUAGUCUGCGAAGGAGCCUGUAAAAACGCCAAACCGUACCCACUACUGAAGGCUGUAAUGUUUGGCUACACAGAAAAGUCCAAAGAGAUGGGCUUAGGUUCACCUUCGGAAUAUGGAGGAAUUAUCAAACUAAAGUCAGGCCAGGGAAAGUUCCUGACGUUCGAAACGGAACCCGGAAUGGACGUAGCGGCCGCUUUGUACCACCCACACAAGACACAAGAAGAAAUGAAGAACUUCGUAGCGACAAAAAUUCGGGAGAUGUGUUUUGAUGAGAAGAAGGUGUACGUGAAUGUCUAUGUGAAUCUUCCCUCAGCCGACCAGCUAGACGAAUAUGCGCUGCAUGUCUACACGAAAGGCCAGGGGGAGGGGGAUAGGUAUCGGAAUGCAGUCAACUACCUGUUGGUGAUGGACGGACACCCGAACGACACACCGAAGAGCCUACAGAACGAGACUCGAGUGCAGCAAGCGCUGGACGACCUGGUAGUAGCUAACAGAAGAUCUGUUCCGAGUGUCGGCGAACUCGACACGGCUCUCAUGAACGCAGAAACACUGCAAGUUGAUAAUGAUGACGUCAUGGAAGAGGUUAAGGAAAAGAUCGCACUCCUAGAGUUGAAAAGAGAUUUACGACUAGCAGUUGACCACAGGAAUGCCGACGUGUUGGACAAGGUGAUCAGACGAGGUCGUGACCAUGGCCGGGAUGAGGAACUUGAUGACCUCCUUGUCAUCGCUACAGCAGUCCGGGAACAGCUGCUCAGACUGAGGACGUUCCUGUUGGAUGUCCUGCAGAUACGCCAGCCCACGAUAUCGGAGAUCCACAACUACACACGGCCUAAACCCGUCGUCCAUGACAUCAUGAAGGCGGUAUAUAUCCUACUCGGCGAGGAUGAGAGAAAUCUCUUGGUCUGGGAGUACAUUCAGCUACUCAUGCGAGAAGUUGGACCCGGCAGUCUGCUGAACCGGCUCAAACUGUUCGACGUCGUCCACGUGGACAGAGCGAGGAUGGAGCAGGCCCACAGACUGCUAGACAUCUACGGCGAUGACGUCGUCAGGGAGGCCAGCGUCGGCACGGAGAUAUUUUACAAGUGGGCUCAGAAUAUCAUUGUGGAGAUGGUGGUUACAGAUAAUAACAAGGUAUGA